CGUGGAGAAGUGUCUCAAUGGUGCCACUGGCUGUGGAUGUCUAAAGAAUCAUCGGUGGGAGCUGAACGAACCCUUCUGAGACCAUCAGCUUACCAUGCUAUCCCAGUAGAUGAUUUACCAUCCGAAUACCUCAUGAGGCAUCGAGAUUCGGAUUUUCUGUUUGCCCAGGAGUACGAGAAUUUUCAAGUAGUUCCCCUUGAAUUUUUGGAUGAAGAAGUUUCCAGAUAUAACGACAUCCGAGCCUUUGAUGCGACUCGUGUGAAACUACGUAUAAUCAACGAGGAUGAAAACUCAGACUAUAUCAACGCAAACUUUGUUAAGGGUUGGGAUGAUCGGAAAACAUUCAUAGCAGCGCAGGCUCCACUUGAUACGACAAUUUCUGAUUUUUGGCGAAUGAUAUGGGAGCAAGACGCACGUUUGAUAGUAAUGGUAGCGAAUCUAUUUGAGAAAAAUCGUCAGCAAUGCACAAAGUACUGGCCGGAUGAUCAGCCAACAAGGUUUGGUUUGAAUUCUGUUCUACUUCGUUUUUUGAAUCAUGUUAUUUUUCGUUCAUUUCAAGCAAGAUGGUCCCAUAUUUGUUCUUGCUUCAGAUAUGGUGAUCUGCUAAUGUUUCGAUAUCGAGACUAUCAAUGA